CGUCGUUCCGGAAGCAGCGGAAUGUCGGGGGGCGGAGCGUCGAGUCCGGCGUCAGCCGCGGCGUGCGGAGUGAAGUGUCACCGAUAAACACGCGCGUCAUUCACCGGAGCCUGGAUCGGACGCGCCGCUUCUUCUGAUAUGGACGUGUCGCGACGGCUGUAAUCGUUUCUGGUGCUGAAGAGGAUGGGAGCAGUGAGCAGUCACUGGAGGAGAUGUCAUUCGGUCGACUCCUGCGACGUGCAUCCUCCAAAGCCUCUGACCUUUUGACGUUUAACGUGGGCAUGGGAGGAUCACGGACCGUGCUGGAUGGAGAGAUCAUCUUCUCCAAGAACAAUGUGUGUGUUCACCCGGCCGAGCCUUUGCCCGGACUGCCUGAGCAUCACCCAGGUUACCUCUGUGUGCACCUGGAGAAAGACGAGACCCUCGGCUCCACCCUCAUCCUCACCUGGGUGCCCAACUCUCGCAUCCAGCGGCAGGACGAGGAGGCCCUCCGUUACAUCACGCCCGAAAGCUCACCCGUCCACCGCAACCCCCGCCGCCGAGCCCACCGGAGCCACUCUCGCCCGCCACCCACCCCCGAGGAAGAGGAGGAUGAAGAGGGGCCGGAGCCAGCCCUGCAGAACCAGCAGCUUUUGGAAGAGGGCGAUGAAGGCUCAUGCGAGCUCUCUGCGGACGAGGUGAGUCGGGACAGCACCCUUGGUUCGGACUCGGACACCUUCUCCUCGCCCUUCUGCCUGUCGCCGGUCAGCGAGGCUCUGGGCGAGAGCAGCAGCUCCGUCUUCCUGGAUAAUGAGAGCAGGGAGUGCGAUGAACCCAUGGCUCACUCUGCAAGCUCCGCCUCCAGUCUGGACAGCCACGCCCCCUCUGAAAGCGGCCAAUCACAGGGAGUUCGUUGGGAGGAGCAGCAGAAAGUCAUGGCAUUAGAGCAUCUAUGUGGGGUGUUCAGAGUUGACCUGGGUCACAUGAGGUCACUGCGUCUCUUCUUCAGCGAUGAGGCCUGCACCUGUGGCCAGCUGGUCAUCGCCAGCAGAGAGAGCCAGUACAAGAUCCUUCACUUCCACCACGCGGGGCUGGAUAAACUGGCCGAGGUGUUUCAGCAGUGGAAAUGCUGCAGGGAGACGCAGCUCAAAGACCAGGUGUCGGAUGAGAAGUCAUGGAUGCAGUUUUCUAUCCGUAGACCCACGUUACCAUCUGCUGAGAUGCAUCCAGAGGAGCGUCUGUAUCGGCGGCUGGACGUCAGCUCUUGGCUCCGGCAUCUCAAUAACAACGGACAGGUGGUGGAGGAGUACAAGCUCAGGAAGGCGAUCUUCUUCGGGGGCGUUGACCCAUCCAUCCGUGGUGAAGUGUGGCCCUUCCUGCUGCACUACUACAGCUACGACUCCACGUCUGAGGAGCGGGAAGCCUGGAGACUGCAGAAGCGUGUGGAGUACCAGGAGAUCCAGCAGAGGAGGUUGUCCAUGAGUCCAGAGGAGCACAGUGAGUUCUGGAGGAAGGUGCAGUUCACUGUUGAUAAAGAUGUUGUCAGAACUGACCGAAGCAACAUGUUCUUUAGAGGAGAGAACAACCCCAAUGUAGAAAUCAUGAGACGUAUCCUGUUGAACUACGCCGUGUUUAACCCAGACAUGGGCUACUGUCAGGGCAUGUCAGACCUGGUGGCUCCUCUUCUGACCGAGAUCCAGGACGAGAGCGACACGUUCUGGUGCUUCGUGGGUCUCAUGGAGAACACCAUCUUCAUCAGCUCUCCCAGAGAUGAGGACAUGGAGAGGCAGCUGAUGUACCUGCGUGAGCUCCUGCGGCUGAUGCUUCCUCGCUUCCACCAGCAUCUGACCCGGCUGGGUGAGGACGGCCUUCAGUUGCUGUUUUGCCACCGCUGGGUUCUUCUGUGUUUCAAGCGCGAGUUCCCUGAUGCUGAAGCCCUGCGCAUGUGGGAGGCCUGCUGGGCACAUUAUCAGACGGACUACUUCCACCUGUUCCUGUGUGUCGCCAUCAUCGUGCUGUACGGCGAUGAUGUCACAGAGCAGCAGCUCGCUACAGAUCAAAUGCUGCUGCACUUUAGUAACCUCUCCAUGCACAUGAAUGGAGAGCUGGUGCUGAGGAAGGCACGUAGCCUGCUCUAUCAGUUCCGCCUUCUUCCCAGAAUUCCCUGCAGCUUGCACGACCUGUGUAAACUGUGCGGGCCAGGAAUGUGGGACAGCCGUUACAUCCCGGCCAUAGAAUGUUCCGGAGAGCAUCCCGACUCUCAGAGCUGCCCCUAUGGAGGCACCGCCACCCCCGAGAGCCCACCUUUACCCAGCCCCAACCAGCCCAGCAAGGGCAAGAGGGGCUCCAAGACACGAGACAUUUUCACUUUCCGCAAGCACUCCUGACUCCAAGCACGCCUCAGGAACGCCGAUACCCAUAAGGCUUAGCCUCUGAGCCGCAUUUCAGGUCUCCAUUGUGUUGUACUCAACGUCUGGUAUGAAUCACUGCCUUGUGCAUAAAGGGUACCGAUAUUGACAACCUCUUUUAGAGGUUGAGGAACCUAAUCAACUUGUGUUUCAUCAAUAAUUCACAAGUACAAUUAUCACAAACAAUCAAGACUAAGUCUUCAUCCGUCUUUCAUGAAGUCACAUCUUGCGAACUGACAUCUCGGAAUAUUUUUGGCUUUUUUUUUUAUAUCGACAAUGUAUGCAUGUGGUGUUAGUGUUUGGUUUGUUACCACAGUGGAAGGUUGUGUUUUUUUCUGUUUGUUUGUGUUUUACUGCAUUUUUUGUGCAGUUCUCAUCUAAGAAAUCAAACAAUCAGCCAAAAUGAAGUGGGAAACUGUUGUCACUGGCUCUCUGACAUCAAAACAUUGUUUUAUGAUCAUCUAUGCCUUUCAUAUCCUCACAAUAAAUAUGAUGAUAUAGAGAUGGGAGAAGAUCUUCCUCUUAUCUCGAGUCCUUGAAGAUCUUGAAGUCAAUGUGAAAUUAAAAUUGAUGCUAUUAUCUGACAUGUUUAGGCUACUUUUUUUUCAACAAUAUGCCACAAGUCCUGGCGAUUGAGUUUUCCCCGGAAUAUUAUUUUAACAUAACGUAAUGUCAAUUAUUACAUUUACCGACUGAGCA